AUGGAGGUUCUUUCUGCCCAGCUGGAAAGGCUACGGGUGAGCGUCGAUGCACUCGAGCCUGAUGGAGAUUGGAUCGACUCGAUAGCUGGCGAACAACGGCCGUGCAAACGGCAGCGCAAAACAAAAGAGAUGAUCCAGAAAGAGCUCGAAGCCGAAUUUUUGACACCUUCAAGCUCGUUCAACACUGAGUGGUUGAAUCGGUUGCAGCAACGGUGGGAUGCACCGACAAACUACCGCAGCUUGUUUCAGAUAGCGCCCACCCAGACACGGACCAUUAUACGGUUCACGCGUGAGGGAUUAGAAGGCCGUGUCACCGGUUAUAAAGAAGUAACUGUACCAGCCAACUCCGCGACAGCAAAAAAUUCCACGUCUCUACUCCGUAAACCGGCCAAUCGAGCCGAGUUUGUACGUGGUGCGGCUGGCUUCUUCCCUUUUGCUCCUGGUGGUCUCGAUGGCGUGGAAGCAAUUGCAGCUAUUGAAGAUGAGGCGAUCUUGCAAGAAGAGAGCGCAGCAGCCAGAAAAUCUGGCGGUCUGGACCGCGUCAUUAACUUCGCCGGGGAAGGAGGGCUACUGGAAAUUCCACCGGGCUUCACUCGUGGCCUGGACCUUCAAAAGAAACCAACUACAGACUCCAAGGCAGCGAAGGAAGUGGAAGAUACUCUUGGAGAGGCCUCAAUGACCAAGCCACGUGCCGACACUGAUGAGGAUGAAGAAGGCGGUGAAUCUGAUGGUGGCGAAUCCACCGAGGAAGAUGCGAACACGGCAGAGGAAGAAAUAGACUCUCUACUACCAGUCGAGUUCCCUGCUCUGGCUCCCCAUGGACCACUUGCAAUGAGUACUGGACGGAAAGGUGGAAGAGAGUGGGCCCACAUGGUGGAUAUCAACCGCGACAUCACCAAUUUCCGAGAGCUCGUUCCUGACAUGGCACGCGAAUAUCCAUUCGAGCUGGACACGUUCCAGAAGGAAGCAGUGUACCAUCUGGAAAACGGGGACUCGGUCUUCGUGGCCGCGCACACUUCUGCUGGCAAGACUGUAGUUGCAGAGUAUGCUAUUGCCCUUGCUGCUAAGCACAUGACCAAAGCCAUCUAUACCUCUCCCAUCAAAGCACUCAGUAAUCAGAAGUUCCGUGACUUCCGCCUUACCUUCGAUGAUGUUGGUAUCCUGACUGGAGAUGUGCAAAUACGUCCAGAGGCAAGCUGUCUAAUUAUGACUACGGAGAUUCUCCGAAGUAUGCUCUAUAGAGGAGCAGACCUGAUCAGGGACGUCGAAUUUGUAAUCUUCGAUGAAGUUCACUAUGUGAAUGAUCUUGAGCGUGGUGUGGUGUGGGAAGAAGUCAUCAUCAUGCUGCCAGAGCACGUUACUCUCAUCUUGCUCUCAGCCACUGUACCAAAUACUUAUGAGUUUGCCUCAUGGGUCGGCCGCACAAAGAAGAAGGACAUUUACGUCAUCUCCACAGCUAAGCGUCCGAUCCCUCUGGAGCAUUAUCUCUGGGCUGGGAAAGAUAUACAUAAAAUUGUCACCGCAGACAAGAAAUUUCUCGACAGUGGCUGGAAGGAUGCAAACGACAUACUCUCUGGCAAGGACAAGAAGGUCGCACCACCCAAGGAAGGGGCUCCAACUGGCCGAGGUGGUCGCGGAGGUCCUCCUGCUAGAGGAGGCCAAAAUCAACGGGGAAGAGGACAGGCGCCCGGAGGCCGAGGUGGAGCGCCUCGUGGUGGAGGUCCCCCUGCUACCAGAGGGCGGGGCAACAUUGCUAGGACCGGGCGUGGUGGCGGCCGUACCACGGCUGCACAGGACCGCAACAUAUGGGUACACCUCAUUUCAUUCCUCCGCAACAAAGAAUUGUUGCCGGCGUGCAUUUUUGUCUUCUCCAAGAAGCGUUGUGAAGAGAAUGCCGAGGCACUGUCGAAUCUGGAUUACUGCACGGCUGCAGAAAAGAGCGCCAUUCACAUGACAAUAGAGAAAUCCCUGGCGAGACUAAGUCGCGAAGACAGAGACUUGCCCCAAAUUAAGCGACUGAGGGAGUUGCUCAGUCGUGGUAUUGCUGUUCAUCAUGGUGGUAUGCUACCUAUCGUGAAAGAAGUUGUAGAGAUACUGUUUGCAAAGACGCUGGUAAAGGUUCUCUUUGCCACGGAGACUUUCGCUAUGGGUCUCAACUUACCCACCAGGACGGUGGUCUUCUCCGGUUUCCGCAAACAUGAUGGACGCGAAUUCAGAGACUUGCUACCUGGAGAGUAUACACAAAUGGCCGGUCGUGCUGGACGUAGAGGUCUCGAUACGGUGGGUACGGUCAUCGUUUGUGCACCCGGAGCCGACGAAGCUCCGCCUGCAGGACGACUAAGGCAAAUGAUGUUGGGCGAACCCACAAAGCUGAGGUCACAGUUCCGACUUACCUACAACAUGAUGUUGAACCUUCUGCGUGUGGAAGCACUGAAGAUUGAGGAAAUGAUCAAGCGUAGUUUCAGCGAGAACGCUACCCAAGCACUACUUCCGGAGCACGAAAACAAGGUCAAGGUGUCAGAGGCAGACCUGGAGAAGAUCAAGCGUGAGCCAUGCAAGGUGUGCGACGUGGACCUGGAGGCUUGCCAUCAAGCGUGCAUGGAGUACAAGCGUCUGACCAACGAAAUGCACCUGAGUCUCUUGAUCAACCCUGUGGGACGGCGGGUGCUCGGAGCCAACCGACUAAUUGUUUAUAAAAAGGACGAGAAGAGAACGGCCGGCAUGUUGCUCCGGGAAGGCACAAGUAAAGGAAACGAACCUUCUGUCAUGGUCUUGGAGAUUGCACAGCACCAAGACCGUAAAGCCGAUGACUUGCUACCGUACUUGGGGUCUUUUGCAAAAUUCUUCAGGAGAUUGCCAAACAAACCAGAAGAUCUGAUCCUAAAGAGCGAGCUCGUACUUCUCAGUGAUAUCGAGUGUUUCACGAAAUCAUUGAUUGACGUACCAGCUUCGGUGCAAAAUCUAAGCCGGAAGAAGGAUUCCCUCAAACUUGCUCAGGCUCAAUUCUUGCCCUUGUGCCAGUCAUGGGGAUACGAAGACUGGGAUGAGUAUGACUAUAGCCGCAUCAAGAGUCUGAAGUUCCGCGAACUGGAGGAUCUCCGAAAGAAGGUUGGACAGGAUGCAGUCUCCAAGGACUGUCUGAAGUGCCCUGACUUCUUGAAGCAUUUUGCCAUGGAGCACGACCAAUGGCUCAUCAAAGAGAACAUAGUUGCACUUCGCCAACUCAUGUCCGAUCAAAACCUACAGCUACUGCCCGACUAUGAGCAGCGUAUCCACGUCCUCAAAGACCUUGGCUUCAUCGACGAAAGCUCUCGUGUCGAGCUCAAAGGCAAGGUAGCCUGCGAGAUUCACUCAGCCGACGAGCUCGUCCUCACCGAGCUCAUCCUCGAGAAUGUCCUCGCAAGCUACGAGCCUGAAGAAAUCGUGGCCCUCCUCUCCGCCUUUGUCUUCCAAGAAAAAACUGAAAUCGAACCGACCCUGACCGCCAGCCUCUCACGCGGCGUCGCCAAAAUCAUCGAGAUAUCAGAAAAGGUCAACCAGAUCCAGACGCUGCACCAAGUCAUUCUGUCGGCCGACGACUCCAACGACUUUGUCAGUAAGCCGCGCUUCGGCAUGGUCGAAGUUGUGUAUGAGUGGGCGCGCGGCAUGUCGUUUAACCGCAUCACGGACCUGACGGAUGUCAUGGAGGGCACGAUUGUGCGGGUGAUUACCCGCCUGGAUGAGACGUGUAGGGAGGUGAAGAAUGCGGCGCGAAUUAUUGGCGACCCGACGUUGUUUCAGAAGAUGGGGACGUGUCAGGAGUUGAUCAAGAGGGAUAUUUGUAAUUGUGCGAGUUUGUAUUUGUAG